AUGGGUUAUCUCUGGUUUUCCCUUUCGAUUUUCCUCUGCCUCAGCUACUUCUCAGUGGCGGAAGUGUUAACUUGCUCUGGGAUAGUGCCCAUGAGGUACCGAAACGACAAGAUAUCGAUAACGGAUUUCGGAGGCGUCGGCGACGGCGUUACAUUGAACACCAAGGCAUUUCGGGAAGCGAUAUAUCGGAUUGAGCAUUUGAAGAGGAGAGGAGGCACGCUUCUUUACAUACCUCCUGGGGUCUACUUAACAGAGAGCUUCAAUCUCACAAGCCACAUGACUCUUUAUUUGGCCAAAGGUGCUGUUAUCAAAGCCACCCAGGAUACUAGGAAUUGGCCUCUGAUUGCUCCUUUGCCAUCUUAUGGAAGAGGGAGGGAGCUUCCUGGAGGGAGGUAUAUGAGCUUCAUUCAUGGAGAUGGAAUCCAAGAUGUGGUUAUCACUGGUGAGAAUGGGACUAUCGAUGGCCAAGGGGGUGUAUGGUGGAACAUGUGGAGGCAAAGAACUCUUCAGUUUACUAGACCAAAUCUCAUGGAAUUCAUGAACUCGAAAAACAUUAUAAUUUCCAAUGUGAUUUUCCAGAACUCUCCCUUUUGGAACAUUCACCCUGUUUAUUGCAGCAACGUUGUUGUCCGGUAUGUCACAAUUUUGGCUCCAAAUGACUCUCCCAACACUGAUGGAGUUGAUCCAGAUUCAAGCUCUAAUGUCUGCAUAGAGGACUCAUACAUAUCUACUGGAGAUGAUCUUGUGGCUGUAAAGAGUGGAUGGGAUGAGUACGGGAUCGCUUAUGGCCGCCCUAGUUCGGGCAUUACCAUCCGCCGUGUUAGAGGAUCAUCCCCAUUUGCUGGAAUUGCGAUCGGAAGUGAAACCUCUGGUGGGGUGGAGAAUGUCUUGGCUGAACAUAUAAACCUUUACAACAUGGGAGUUGGCAUCCACAUCAAAACAAACAUUGGCCGGGGAGGGUUCAUAAGAAACAUCACAGUUUCAGACGUGUACAUGGAAAAAGUCCGAAAGGGAAUAAAGAUUGCAGGAGAUGUUGGAGACCACCCAGAUGACAAAUACAACCAAAAUGCUCUCCCAGUCGUGAAGGGCAUCACAUUAAAGGACGUUUGGGGCGUGCAGGUUCAGCAGGCUGGCGUAAUACUAGGUCUGAAGAACUCCCCUUUCACCGGUAUAUGUCUCUCCAACAUCAAUCUCAACGGCAUGACGGGAUCAAGAUCGCCACCCUGGAAGUGCUCGGACAUUAGCGGGGCUGCCCAUCUGGUUAGCCCUUUACAAUGCUCAGAGCUGAGCAGUGCCCAGCGAGCAUCUACAUGCUCCAACUACUCCUAA